AUGUCUAACAUUAACGAACGACUUAGUUGUAGAAAUAGUUGUUAUUGUGAUAGAAGUAGUUGUAGAAACAGUUGUUGUUGUGAUAGAAGUAGUUGUAGAAACAGUUGUUAUUGUGAUAGAAGUAGUUGUAGAAAUAGUUGUUGUUGUGAUAGAAGUAGUUGUAGAAAUAGUUGUUGUUGUGAUAGAAGUAGUUGUAGAAACAGUUGUUAUUGUGAUAGAAGUAGUUGUAGAAACAGUUGUCGUUGUGAUAGAAGUAGUUGUAGAAACAGUUGUAAUUGUGAUAUAUGUAGUUGUAGAAACAGUUAUUAUUGUGAUAGAAGUAGUUGUAGAAACAGUUGUCAUUGUGAUAGAAGUAGUUGUAGAAACAGUUGUUGUAAAAGUUGUUUGUUGUAG